CUGAAGGUAGAGAGGUGGGGGGGAGGAGGAGGAGGAGAGCAGCAUCACCACAGAGAGAUGGCGGAGUGCGGGCGGAAGGCGCUGUCUCUCCUGGAAGCGGCCCGCUCCCGCUACGAGAGCCUGCAGAUAUCCGACGACGUGUUCGGCGAAUCCGGAGACGACAGCAGCGACAACCCCUUCUACAGCACGUCGGGAGACUCCGACUCGGACAACUACAUAGCCGAGGUCGGGGAAGAGGAGCAGCCGCAGCACCGGCACCAGAAACACGGCGGCGGCGGCGGUAAGGAGGGCAGGCUCGGCGGGGGGGCAGGUGGCGGCCCCGCCGGCAGCGGAGGAGCAGCCGGUCCCCCGGGCUCCCUGUCCCGGAGCCAGGCGGAGGAGGAGGGCUGGACGGAGAGCCUGCAGGAUGUCACGGUGCCGACGUACAAAGAGACAUACGGUCCUGCUCAGAAGAUGCCGACCACUGCCACAGCCUUGGACUUCUUCCAGCUCUUUGUUCCGGACAACUGCAUCCAGAAUAUGGUGGUCCAAACAAACAUGUAUGCUAAGAAGUUUCAGGAGCGCUUCGGCUCCGAUGAAGGCUGGUAUCCCGUCACAGCCCAGGAGAUGAAGGCAUUCCUGGGCUUCGUCACCUCAACCAGCGUGCACCGCUGCGAGUCGGUUCUCAGCAUCUGGAGCUCGGGCUUCUUCAGCAACCGGAGCAUCGCCCUGAAGAUGAGCCAGUCGCGCUUCGAGAAGAUCCUCAAGUACUUCCACAUUGUGGCUUUCAGGCCUUCACAGGGAAGCAACCAGGGCCUGUACAAGAUCCAGCCCUUCCUGGACUCACUGCAGCAGUCAUUCAGCUGCACCUUCAGGCCUUCGCAGACACAGGUUCUUCAUGAGCCCUUGAUUGAUGAGGACCCUGUAUUCAUCACAACCUGUACAGAAAGAGAGCUGAGGAAGAGAAAGAAGAGGAAGUUCAGCCUCUGGGUUCGACAGUGCACCUCCACUGGAUUCAUCUGUCAGAUCUCUGUCCAUCUGAAAGAGGGGCAGGGCACAGACGGCCUGGCCACCUUGAAGAACAAACCUCAGCUCCAUAGCCUCGUUGCCAAGCAGCUGUGUCAGAAUAUUUCUGGCAGGAACACCAUCAUCUUCACUGGACCAUCCAUCACAAGCCUUAGCCUCUUCACUGAAUUCAGCAAACAAGAUAUCUUUUGCUGUGGUUUGCUUAGCACCAGGAAGAGCGACUGCACAGGCUUACCACAAAGCAUGCUGGUCUGCGGGUCCACGCCGGCGCAGCGCGGCCAGUCCCGCGUGAUGAUGAAAGGCAGCAUGUCCCUGAUCAGCUGGUACAACAAGGGACACUUCAGGUUCCUUACCAAUGCCUAUUCCCCUACAAAACAAGGUAUCAUCAUCAAGAGGAAAAGUGGGGAGAUCCCAUGUCCUUUGGCUGUGGAGGCCUUUGCAGCCCACCUCAGCUACAUCUGCAAAUAUGAUGACAAGUACAGCAAGUACUUUAUCUUCCACAAGCCAAACAAGACCUGGCAGCAGGUGUUCUGGCUGACCAUAAGCAUCGCCAUCAACAAUGCGUACAUCCUCUACAAGAUGUCCGACGCCUACACUGUCAAACGCUACAGCCGAGCGCAGUUUGGGGAGAGACUGGUCAGAGAGCUGCUGGAUCUGGACGACUGCUCCCCCACUCAGUGA